AUGGAGUCAAAUAGACACGGUAAUCUCGUAGUUUUAUCCAACCGUCCCGAAGAAGUCAAGUUGGAAGAAAGUGAUGAAGAAUGCAGUCAUCGUGUCUUCUCUUGCCUUUAUCAUCCGCAGUUUGCCUACCAUUCUGGAGACGUAUAAUCUCUAAUUUCGGUAAUUCUGCUUUCUUUUAAUUUGGUUUACUUCUGAAUAA